AGGGAAAGGCGGGAAGCUGACUGUGGCAAUGCCUCUGGCCGGGAAUAAUAACGUGGUAGAGAGAGAGAGACAGUGGGAGUACCGCUGGAUCUAAAGAGCAUGCGUCAGCAUGACGGCAGAAUGCAUUAGAUGCAGAGAGAGACGGCGUCAGAAGAGCAGAGUGCCGUGGAGACGGUUUGAAGGUCUGACGGGUUGGAUGAGAGUAGAAAUCCGCUGGACUCUGUGCCACACCUUGACUGCAUUGGAAAAUACUGCAAUAAAAAAAGGACUUUUUCUAUUCCAGGAGAGGAAUUUCCUGUGCAUUCUUAAAAGCUACAGAAUGCAAAAAGGAUCCGUUCUUCAGUGCCUUCUUGAAUUCUACAAGAAACCGACGCUUUAGUCGUCUUUUUGCAUGGAACAUUGCCACCGUUUCCCCGAGGAACGCAUUUCUUCAGCAAUCUGUACCUGCACUCUCCACUCUGCUGGGUCAGCCAGAGAAGGACGCCCUGUUGCAAACCAGUGACGACAUGGAUCUCGAUGCAAGCCGACUGACCGGUCUGAGUGCGUGGGUUGCGUGCUGACUGGAGCGGUUGCUAUUUGAGGUCUUUGAGAACUCGCUGUCCCAGCGAUGGGAGAGACGGCAGAGUACCAGAGGCUGCAGGAGGCGGCAGAGUCAGACUACCAGAGCUUGCCCAGUGAUGAUGAAGAGAGACUGGGCAGUGGCAUGCAGUGUGAGGAAGGAACUGAAUGGCUGCUGGAGCUGCUGACGGAGGUGCAGCUGCAGCAGUACUUCAAGAGGAUCCGAGACGACCUCAACGUCACGCGGCUCUCGCACUUCGACUACGUCAAGAAUGAGGACUUGGAGAAAAUUGGCCUGGGUCGACCCGGCCAGAGGCGCCUUUGGGAGGCCGUGAAGAGGAGGAAGGCCAAGCGGAAAACCUGGAUGAGCAAGGUGUUCAGCGGGAAGCGGAUGGAGGGAGAAUUCCCCCAGCAGGGCCAGCUGGCAUCUUCGUUCCGCAAACUGUCCCUCACGCCUCCCCUCUGUCUGGGCGACGGCGUCCUGGACACUCGGCUAUACGGCGGCGGCGGCGGCGGCGGCCCACUGGACGGCCAGCAGCAGGCCCUGACCUGCCUCAUCCCAGAGAAGGACCUGACUCUGUUCGAGAAACUCGGCGACGGCUCGUUUGGCGUCGUGAAAAGAGGGGAGUGGCUGACGCCUGGAGGGAACGUGGUGAACGUGGCGGUAAAGUGCCUGAAGACGGAUGUCCUCAGUCAGCCGGACGCUCUGGAGGAUUUCAUCUGCGAGGUCAACGCCAUGCACUCCCUGGACCAUCAGAACCUCAUCCGCCUCUACGGCGUGGUGCUCACACACCCCAUGAAGAUGGUGACUGAGCUGGCGCCCCUUGGUUCUCUGCUGGAUCGUCUGCGUUGCGUUCAUCCUCAGGGCCCGGUGCUGAUCCACACUCUGUGUCAGUACGCCGUCCAGGUAGCGAGCGGCAUGGCUUACCUGGAGCAGAGACGGUUCAUCCACAGGGACCUGGCGGCGAGGAAUAUCCUGCUCUCGUCAGCUAACAGAGUGAAGAUCGGGGACUUUGGCCUGAUGAGGGCGCUGCCUAGCAACGAUGAGCACUAUGUGAUGCAGGAGCAUCGCAAGGUUCCCUUUGCUUGGUGUGCUCCAGAGAGCUUGAAGACGAGAACGUUCUCCCACGCUACGGACUCCUGGAUGUUCGGCGUCACUCUCUGGGAGAUGUUCACGCACGGACAGGAGCCGUGGCUGGGCCUGAACGGCAGCCAGAUUCUCCACAAGAUCGAUAAAGAAGGCGAAAGGCUUCCAAAGCCGGAGGACUGUCCCCAGGACGUCUACAACGUCAUGCAGCAGUGUUGGGCUCAGAAACCCGGGGACAGACCCACGUUUGUUGCCCUGAGGGAGUUCCUGCUGGAGACCAUGCCUACCGACAUGUGCGCUCUGCAGGACUUUGAUGAGCUCGACAAACUUCACAUCAAAGUCAACGACGUCAUCACCAUCAUCGAGGGGAGGGCGGAGAAUUACUGGUGGCGAGGGCAAAACAAGCGCACCCUGAAGGUGGGGCAGUUCCCCAGGAACGUGGUGACGUCCGUCUCGGGGCUGUCGGCGCACGACAUCAGCAGGCCUCUGAAGAACAGCUUCAUUCACACGGGUCACGGAGACACCAACCCACAUCGCUGCUGGGGCUUCCCAGACAGGAUUGACGACCUGUACCUGGGGAAUCCCAUGGAUCCUCCGGAUGUUCUGGGAGUGGACCUCAGCGCCGCUCGGCCCACGCAGCUGCCAGGACGAACCAAAAAGGAGCUUCCCCCCCGGCUUCCUCAGCCAGCCGUGUUAAUCAAGAGUAAGUCUGGUUUCUCUCAGCAGCUUCUUAGCCACUGUUCCUGUCUUCUCUGUUCCCUCUUUGCUCCACUCUUCAAAGAACCGUGCUACGAUCCGGUAACUGAAGACGAGGAUUCCACCUCUGCGGCGCUCAGGAGAUUAUCUCUUAGGAAAACCGGUUCGCUCAAAGGUCUGAAGCUUAAACCCGCUGCGUGGGUCUCUGCUAACAAGCAGAGUGGCCCGACCUCAAGUUCAGCCCACACCCCGAGCAGCGACGUGUCCCUCAUUGACUUCGGGGAGGAUUUCUCGCUCACACCGUCUCCUUCCCCCGUGGUCGAAAACCAAAAUCCAGUGCUGGCGAAGCUAGCGCUGCAAGUGGGCAACAUCCUGGACAAGACCCCGCCUCAAAGUCCGUCCAAGUGGCUGCAGCGGCCCCUGCACCCCACGCCGGUGGUAGACUGGGACGCCCGGCCGUUACCGCCGCCGGCGGCCUACGACGACGUAGCCCAAGAUGAAGACGACAUGGAGGUGAGCUCCAUCACCAGCUCGGAGCAGCAGCUCGAACACAAUCAGACUGCUGUCCACGGCGAAGACGGAGCUCUCUCCUCGGUACAGGUGACUGAAAGCGACGGCGUCGUCUCGAAAGAUCCAGAAAGACCGGUUUUGGAGGACAACCUUUUCCUUCCCAGCAAGCACAGCCACGCUGCCUCUCCGUCCUUCUCCCAAUCCACAGAGAUUUUCCAGGAACUCCAGCAGGAGUGCAUGAGGAAGCUCAACGUCCCGACAGGCGGGGUUGGUCAGUGGAGCCAAAUCUCAGCCCCUUGUCCUACUCAGAACGCCCAGGAGGAUCAACAGCAUCUCUCCACCAAUGAGGACAAACCUCAAAUCCCCCCACGUGUUCCAAUACCCCCUCGCCCGAUGAAAUGGGGAGACUACACGUCCGCUCGCUGGUCAAGGGACCUUUCUGUUUCCCCGAUGUCGUCAGACCCCACACACAGCAUUUCGUGCACAAGCCUGGAACGACCUCCUCAGAUCCCGCCCAGAGACCCUCUGUCCCAGCCCAACUCCCGGACGCCAAGCCCCAACUGCGCGGUGGUGGGCUCUCUGCAGCAGAGGAUCUGCUCCGUGAGCCCCUCCACCCACCAGGCCUCAAACGCCUAUGGCUCCCAUCUCUCCACCUCUCCUGGCAAACCUAUGCCGACCACACACAGCUUUGCCUCGGACCCCAAAUACGCCGCCCCCAAAGUGAUCCAAGCCCAGGGUAGGGACAACACCAACAGAGGUCCCUGCAUCCUGCCCAUCGUCCGAGACGGGCAGAAAGUCAGCAACACGCACUAUUACCUCCUGCCAGAGAGGCCGCCGUACCUUGACCGUUUCGAACGCUUCUUCAGAGAGGCUGAGAACCUCCCGGGUGGCAGCGGCGUCGAGGACAGGCACGCACGGCACGCCAACACGGCCACCGUGAGACCCAUGGUCGUCACCGCCCAGACAGUUCAGGGACUCGUCCAGCCGGGAGAGCUGAAGGCUAACGUCUCCUUCAAUAGCAACUUUGGCAUGAGCACACAGCGGUCAGGGAUGAAGACAUCAGUUAGUCUCCCUCGCGUGUGUUCAGACGGGCUCGCUGGUCCAACAGUGAAUUCUUCCUGCAGCCGGACAGAAGACGGAGGGAACUCUCUGAACAGAGUCCAAAUGGUGCAGGAGGCUGUUCACGGCGUGACAAUAGCAGAGUGUCAAGCCGCCCUCCAGAACAACAGCUGGGAUGUCCAGAAGGCUGUGCAUUACCUAAAGGUGGAGCAGUUGUUCUGUUUGGGUCUGAGGAACAGGUCUGAGUGUGUAAAGCUGCUGGAGAUGUGUGACUGGAACCUGGAGGAGGCCAGCACUCAGAUAUUAGAAGAUUAUGGAUCCAUAACAAGACAAAGAUGAUGACUGAAGGUGGUGUGCUUCGACUGGACUCUCCUCUUCGGCCGAUCGCCGUUGACUUCAGUCGGGAACAGAAGACGAGAAGCACAAACUGGUGAACUUCGAUCCGAACCCACCGGUCAUAAUCACAGACCCUGGAACGGAAAACAAAAGUAUCCCGAGUCGCUGUUUGACUUUCAUGUGGACGGUUUAUGUAAUUGUUGCACUUAGUUACAAAGACCUUGAAUCCGACCGUCUGGCAGGCCAGGGAGGAAGGAACGGUCCCAGACAGAAAGACGGCACUCUGAGCUAAAACGGUUUACAGAAAGGAAAAAAAAACAACAUUAAAAUGAUGGAAUAAUGUUCUCAGAACGCAGAGUCAGCACAAAACCCCGAACCGCAUGCACACGUUUCGUUAAAGGUGAAGCUCAUCUGCUGGCAGCUGGAUCACCACUUAGUUCUAGAGAGAGGAAAGCACAAUGAAGUGUUUAAUUGGCUGGUGGGGAACUACUGUGGGGGAAGUAUUUCUGUUUCUGUUUUAAACGAGAUGUUCGUUGAGAGUUAUGCUGCUGGAAGCUUGAGAGUGUGAGGUGGAGGGAGGGAGGGAACAUGGUUACAAAUAACAAUAAUAAUAAAGAAAAAACUUUAGAGACUUCAUAGUUUGAAGAAGGUGCUUCGCUCUCUGCUUAUAGAAACAAGUAAAGCCUCUUGGAAAAUAAUGAGUAGAUGUUGGGGAGGAAGAGAAAAAAGCCAAACAAGCACGAAGAUGAUGAUAUUUAAAAGAGAUGGAUACUCUUUACGGGGAAGAAUACAUGCUAUUCAGAACGUAAUAUAAUUUUUUUUUUUUUUUAAAGAAAAGAUUGUAUAUAUUUUAUUUUGCAUCUUCCAUUAAAAAAAAAACAAAACAGGUUGUAUGGAAUACAACACAGAGUGUGAAAGCUGCACGCCGUGUGGAAUAUUACCGAACUCCAGGUACAACCGGCCCUCGUUUCCUCCCCGUAAGCACUUCGCCCUGAGACGACUCCCAUGCAUCAGCCGAAAACCUCAGCCUGUGCAGUUUUCCGCAUGCGCCCCCGGACCGCGUUGGCAGCUAAUAACGGCGGAGAGAGUGAAAUUUUUUUUUUGCUCCGUAAUCAUCGCUUCCUGGCGGCCCUGCGACGCUUUCAGUCAGCAGCUUUACGAGGCCGAUCAUUUCCAAGUCGGACUCACUGUGGGGGGGAAAACUUUUUCUUUUUUCCCACUCUGUAUUGUCAUUGAAAAAGGAGUAUUACAGAUGCACUGAAUAAGUUGGAACUGCAGGGGAGAAAUGUUGAAAUUUGAAAGGAUGUUUUAGGAUUUUUGAGUUGCGGUUCUUUUAAAAGGUCCCUUUGUUGUUUAGCCGUAUUUUUAUUUUCUUUUUUGAUUGGAGGAUGAAGCAAACGGCGAGUCUGAGAGGGAGCGGGGCCAAAGUGGGCUCUUACCAUCGUAAACCAACUCAAAAUAUGUCAGAGCGGUUUAUGAGGCUGCUGUUUUAUGGACCAUAACGCCACAGUCAUAUUCACACAGCAGGCACUGCGGAGCCGAUGACUUUGGGGAAAAGGGAGACAAAACAUGAGUUGUAGAGCAUUUUUGGUCAGAUUAACCACCUGCUAGAGAAGUAAAGUGGGGCGGAAAAAUCUAAACAUUUACUUGAACUCUUCAUAUAAAUCUCUGCUUUUUACGCCACUUCACUUUUACUUCACGUAGGAAGAUUAUUGAUGGCGCACUGCCUCCGACCUCCAUUUCCUGUACCGGGGGAGAGGAGGGGAAUCUAUUGCAAACAAUGACGAUGGUUUAAGGGUUCAUAAAACCGGGCCGUCCCAGAUUAGCUGUGAGCUUCAGCCUCCUGGAUUUAUGCUACAUGGAGAGUCACUUACAGCAAAAUCACCACUUUUAACCUUUCAAGCUGCAGUGUGAAACUUUUUAUUAAAAAAAAGCGUUUUAACAUAUUUGUUAAAACUGUCAGUGUUGUGAAAGCGUGAUGUGAGACGAAUGAUCCGUGGAAGAAUUGAGCUACUGCAGCGGUGUGAAGAAAUGCACAGAUCAGAACAACCAAUCAGUUGUGGAAAGGAGGAUGAAUGGCGCGUACACAGUCCUGAUUGACGGUGCUAAGACCCGCCACCUGGCUAUGGUUGGUUGUUCCAGUUGGCACUGGGAGACAGCAUUUUAUUUAUUUUUCUUCUCAAAUUAUCUAUCUCAUAUCAUACUAUCACAACAAAGUGAUAGUUUUAAUAAAUAUAUGUAUAUUUUGUUUUUAUAAAAGUUACACCUGGCAGCUUUAUUGUUCCUUCAGAAUCUUUAUGGAAGCCACCUUCAGUAUUUUAGAGAAUUUAGUUCAGUUUUUUUUUUUGUUUUUUUUUUUUUACAGUAGUCAGCAAUGGUUUCCCUACAUGCUGUCACAAUAAGUUAAUAGAAAACUGCUUAAAUCCUCUCUACGGCUAACGGCUAAGUUACGUAAUGUAGCUUUAGCAACACAGAUCUUGUUGGACUGUAGGACAGGGACAGUCUCCCGAGAGUUAGCCAGCUCUAGUACUGGGGAUGUUUUCUGUUAUAAUCCUUUUCAUCCAAUCUGAACCUCAUUUAAAAAAAAAUCUAAACUAUCCUUUUAAACGACCUAGAAGAAGCAGCACGUAAAGCAUCACACGGUUUGCGUUCAACCCACUCGCCUGUACGAUCAUUGGGAAGAUGGCCGACGCUCGUUUGUUUGUUUGGACUGAAGUGAACCUUGGGAUCUUUUUACCCCCCCCCAAUUUAUAUGUUUAUCUCUGUAGAUUUAGUUUUUUGUUGUUGUUGUUGUUGUUUCUUCUGUCAGAUUUGUUUCUGUAGAACCUUAUUUUCAUUUAGUGUUUUCUCUUCAUUCUCCCGUUUGUCUCCUCUUUGGACUCUGUGUUGAUCUGAAAGACUCCUGUAAAGUUGCUCUUUAUUGUUUCUCUUUUUGCCGUUGAUGAAAACAAAGUUUAUGCUGCCGAAUUUACAGAUGUAUUUUUUAUUAAAGAAAGGAGUAAUUUUUUUA